GUAAUGUAAAUGUAUGCGCAGUUGUUGACAGUUUAUAAUGAAAUAAGUCAAUUACAGAGGAAGGAAAAAAGUUGUUUUUAUAUUUGUUAAAAUAAAGAAAGAACAAUGAUAACAGAAGGAACAUUAAAAGAACAAUUUGAAAUUGUGGGAUGUAAUAUAGAAAGUGAUGAAGCUCUCAAAAAAUGUAUAGAAUUAUGUCAUGAAUUCAGUAAGGAUGAGGAACAAAUCGUGGAAAUGUGGGUAGCAUUCAGUAUUUCAAAAUUUGGAAAUAUUGAUCUUACACUUAAUGGCAUUCAACAAUUGGAAAGAACUGAGCGCAAUAGAGAAAAAUCUCCUUCAAAACAAGUUGUCAACGAUUCAAUAUCGUCAGCUGAUGUAGAUAAUGAUGAAAUUUUACAUCUUUAUGGAUAUAAGCCUCCAGUACCAGUAACACCAACACAGUCGAAGAGGCAAAGAAGUCCGAUUUUUGGAAGUUCUGGACCUGACAACAAGGUUUUCGCUAUAGAAACUUUUUCUCCAAGCACACCAAGUCGAUACAAUUCAAGGACUGGACCUGGGAAAGUUACGGUAAUUUUUGGGGAAAAGCGUACAUUAUGGAAGAUAAAAAAACAAUUUAAAGUACCCAUAAAAUUAGCUGACUUUCAAGCCAAUAUGCCAACCGAUGCUAUGUACAUGUUCGACGUGAUUUCCGAUGGUGCUAUCCAACGGGCUGUUAGUUACAUGAAAUUAGGAAAGGAAAUAUGUAAAAGAUGGGGAAAAAUUAAAGAAAAUAAACUGCUGUAUACGCCAGAUGUAAAAAUAGUUUCGCAAACAAAUUUUGUUACUUGGGGAAGGAUUCGUUGCGACAUGUACGGAAAAUUAAAUAAAGUAUCCACAGAAUUGGAAGGCAUAUGCUUUUAUCGUGAUGAAAUUGGAGAAAUGAGAAUCAAGUCAAGCAUUGUGCCUAUUAAUCUAAGCCAAGUUUCGGAAUUCUCUGUUUUUCCGGGGCAAAUAAUAGCAGUAGAAGGCGUCAACAUGUCAGGACACUUACUUGAAGUAAAGAGUGUUUUUUCUGGUGGUUAUGCUGAACCUGCAGAUGCCCCUAAGCUAGAGAAUGACAUUAUAAUAACGGUUGCUGCUGGACCGUUCACAUCUAUUGAUAAUUUGAAUUAUGAACCUCUUAUGAAUCUCUUGGAGCGGAUAAAAGAGGAAGAGCCACAUGUUCUUAUUCUAAUUGGACCAUUUGUUGAAUAUACACAUCCGCAGAUUGAUAAUGUUUCUCAGUUUGGAACCCAUCAAGAUUUAUUCGAAAAGAUGAUCAGUACCGUCAUGGAAAGUUUAAGCGAGAAAUGCACCCAAGUAGUAAUUAUUCCUUCGUCUCGAGAUGCUCAUCAUGAAGCAAUUUAUCCUACACCGAGUUAUUACUUACCUAGAUCAUUGCAAAAUUCGAAUUUACACUCUAUGCCAGAUCCGUGUGUUUUGGACAUCGAUGGGUUAACGAUAGGAAUUACUGCUGUUGAUAUUCUUAAACAUCUUGGCAAUGAGGAGUUGAGUUCGAAUUCAAUUAAACUAAGUAAAUUGCACCGUGUAGCCAAUCAUAUUUUAUCACAAGCUUGUUUCUACCCAUUGUAUCCACCGGCUGAAGAAGUAAACGUUGACACUAAUCUUUGGAAGAAUUACGCCUUUAUGAAGAAACAACCUCAUAUUCUAAUUUUACCAUCUGAUAUGGGGAACUUUUGUAAAAAUAUAAAUGAUUGCGUAGUUUUAAAUCCACAGCGAUUGUGCAAGCAUUCUUUUGCUAGGAUGCACAUUAGUUCUUCAGAAAACCAAAAGUGGGAUCAAAGUCAAAUUGCUUGUGAAAUUUUAAAAGUAUAAAAUUAUACUCGAGUAUUUAAUACUUAUUUGAAACAUAAUCAUUAUUAAAUAAUAAUUAAAAAAAAAUUAAAUAAUUUUCACAGAUCGGGUUAUGCCCUACUAAAACGAAUUUUAUUCUUUGAGAACAUAGCGACGACUUUCAGUUUUAAGUUUGUGACAUAAAAAUUUCUAAUUCAAAAAAAGACAUGACGUGAGUAAAGAACAUAUUAUUUAAUUGAGUCUCUUGUAUGUAAGUAAUUUGAAUAAUUCAUUCCUUAAUAAAUUUCCUGCAUUGAAAUAAUUAAUUUCAACAUACAUUUAUAAAUGAAAAGAUGUAACAUUUGUAUUGUUAACAACAACAACAAAUUAUUUAAUCAGUUGGUAAUACAACUUUAGGUUAAAACUAAGAAAAUGUAAAAUACUUCAUGAAUAAUGGAGAGUACCUAAAUAAAUUUUAAUCUGUAUAUUUCAA